AUGUCUGGAGCCGCUCGAUUAGGUCUGGCCGACAUCGCACACCGUACACUCGUCACGGGCCUGGCCGGCUUGUCCGUGUGUACGUCAUCCCACCCGAGAGGCGCUUCGGGAACGGGGGCCUCGAUGACCCUGUCCUACUGGCUGACACGGCAUCUUAUUCCAACCACUUCGGGAGCUUCAGACGGUCUGUAUGGGAUGUACAGGAUCCACACCCACACCAUGCAGGCUGGGGAGGAGGCGUGGAAGAAGCAUUUGGACGUACGUCCUCUCGCGAUCGUUGUCGGCACCGGGCUCACUCGCGGGGCCACUGCUGACUCCCAAAUCUCUUGUUCUUUGCAACCUAAUCACCGCGAUUUGGUGUGUGGCUCCCUACUUCCGUCGCCCUGAACCUCCAGGACGAGGCCAAGGUCAAGUCGGGAUCAGCGUUCGUCGCCGACGAUGGGAGCCACUCGUCUGCACCGCCGGCAACGACGUCCGAGAUCCCAAGGCAUCGGUUUUAG